AUGAACUCCACAAUCCUCAAUCCCACAGCCGCUACUCCACACCCAUCCGUACUGUUCCCCGAACUCCAGACAUGCAAAACCAUUCGCGACGUCAAACAAGUUCAUGCCAAGCUCAUCAAAACCGGGCACAUUCGCGACCCACUUGUCGCUGCCGAAGUCCUCCGCUUCUGCGCCCUUUCUGACCCACCCCACCGCGACCUGCACUAUGCCCGCCAUAUCUUCCACCAUAUGGACCAACCCAACUGCUUUUCUUGGAACACUCUCAUCAGAGCUCUAUCUGAGACCACCAACAAUAACAUUGAAGACCCAUUGCAGGCCUUUUUGCUUUUCCAUGCAAUGCUUUGUAAUGAGUUCGUUAAACCCAAUUGCUUUACGUUUCCUUCUGUGCUGAAAGCGUGUGCUAAAUUGGGUCGGCUUGAAGAAGGUAAACAAGUUCAUGGUAUGGUUAUAAAGUAUAGGAUAGAGAAUGAUGAAUUUGUUCUGAGUAAUCUUGUGAGAAUGUAUCUUUUGUGUGGUGUCAUGGAUGAUGCUUAUAUACUUUUUGAAGCGGGGGUUCGUGAUAACGAGUUGGAGAGCGAGAAAAUAGAGAAGAGAAGGCAAAUGGGUAAUGUCAUUUUGUGGAAUGUGAUGAUUGAUGGGUAUGUCAGACUCGGGGACUUUGAGUUGGCGAGGAAGUUGUUCGAUGAAAUGCCGCAGAGAAGUGUGGUCUCAUGGAACUCUAUGAUUUCUGGGUAUGCACAACAUGACUUCUUUAAGGAGGCGAUAGAGCUGUUCAGGGAAAUGCAGAUGGGUGAUGCGAAUCCGAAUUAUAUUACACUGGUUAGUGUUCUUCCUGCGAUUACACGACUUGGGGCGCUGGAGUUGGGCAAAUGGGUGCAUUUAUAUGCAGUAAAAAAUGGGAUAGUAAUUGAUGAGGUGCUUGGUUCUGCUUUGAUUGAUAUGUAUUCCAAGUGUGGGAGUAUUGAAAAGGCACUCCAGGCAUUCGAGGACUUGCAGCAAAAAAAUGUGAUCACUUGGAAUGCUAUCAUUAGUGGACUAGCUAUCCAUGGAAGAGCAAAGGAUGCGAUUGAUCAUUUCUGGAGGAUGCAACAAACAGGAGUGGCUCCGAGUGAUGCGACGUACAUUGGUCUCUUGAGUGCAUGUAGCCAUGCAGGUUUAGUGCAGGAGGGAAGAUCAAUUUUCGAUCACAUGGUCGAGGUAGUUGGCUUGGAACCUAGGAUCGAACACUAUGGGUGCAUGGUCGAUCUUUUAGGCCGUGCAGGUCUUUUAGAAGAAGCUGAAGAGCUUAUCAUUAACAUGCCCCAUAAGCCAGAUGAUGUGAUAAUGAAAGCCUUGCUUGGUGCUUGCAAGAUACAUGGAAACGUCGAGAUCGGCAAACAGGUAGCGAAAAGUUUAAAGAACAUGGCUCCUUGUGAUAGUGGAUCGUAUGUAGCAUUGUCGAACAUGUAUGCUUCUUUGAGAAACUGGGAGGCAGUUGCAGAGGUUAGGUUGAUGAUGAAGAAAAUGGACAUAAGGAAAGACCCUGGAUGUAGUUGGAUAGAGCUUGAUGGGGUGAUUCAUGAGUUUCUCGUGGAAGACGACUCUCAUCCGAGAGCCAAAGAAAUCCGUAUGAUGUUGGAGGAGAUGUCUUACAAAUUGGGUUUGAUCGGAUAUAUGCCAGACACUACACAGGUUUGCCUCAAUAUAGACGAUGAAGAGAGAGAAAGUGCAUUGCACUACCAUAGUGAGAAAAUUGCACUUGCCUUGGGGCUGAUCAGUACAAGACCCCAAACACCACUUCGGGUGGUGAAGAACCUUCGAAUAUGUGAGGAUUGUCAUUCUGUAAUAAAAAUCAUUUCUAGAAUCUUUAGACGAAGCAUAAUUGUAAGGGAUCGAAAGCGAUUUCAUCAUUUUGAGAAUGGAUUGUGUUCUUGCAUGGAUUAUUGGUAA